CGUGUUUAUUUUUUGUCAGCUUGUACACAUGCGACAAACAAUAUAGCACCCAAUCGCAGCAACCGGUUCUGCGUUAUUCACGCAUAUAGAAACAACAGGGUAUCUUCAUUUUAGUUACAGGAGUGUAGUCAUUGUAAAAUUUGCCAUCGUACGCGUAGAUAGGAGGGGUUUUGUGAAAAUUUUUAGUGUUGCAGCACAUUUUAUAUCCCUCCGCGACUGCAGCAACAGAUCCAUCCCAACAUGGCUUCCAGCAUGGAUGAGGAGCAGAGCCUGAAAGAAUGCGAGGCGUACGUUCAAAAACACAACAUCCAGCAGGUCCUGAAGGAUGCCAUCGUGCAGCUCUGCAUCACCAAGCCCGAAAGUCCGCUGGGCUUCCUGCGCGAGUACUUCGAACGCCUGGAAAAGGAUUCAGCCAACAAGUCCAAGCCAAAGUCUGGUUCUCCAUCGCCAGACGAGCGGGAUGACGAGAUCUCCCCCACGCCGCCCAACCCCGCCAUGACGGGCCGGCGCAGGCGGGGCGCCGUCAGCGCUGAGGUCGUGAAGGAAGAAGACCUGGCUUCCUACGUGAAGAAGGUUGUUCCCAAGGACUACAAGACCAUGGCUGCUCUUUCGAAGGCCAUCGCCAAAAACGUGCUGUUCAGUCAUCUGGAUGAUAACGAACGCAGUGACAUCUUUGAUGCUAUGUUUCCUGUUACCCACAUUGCCGGAGAGAGGGUCAUACAACAAGGUGACGAGGGCGACAAUUUCUACAUCAUUGACCAGGGUGAAGUAGAUAUAUAUGUUGACAAUGAGAAGGUGACGUCUAUUGGAGAUGGUGGGAGUUUUGGAGAACUAGCCCUCAUCUACGGCACCCCUAGAGCUGCAACAGUCAAGGCAAAGACAGACCUGAAAUUGUGGGCCAUCGACAGAGACACAUACAGACGUAUACUCAUGGGAAGCACAAUGCGGAAGAGAAAGAUGUACGAAGAAUUCCUCAGCAAGGUUUCCAUUCUAGAAUCUCUUGAUGAGUGGGAGCGCCUGACGAUCGCAGACGCGCUGGAGCCAUGCCAGUUUGACGACAGUAGUGAGAUUGUAAGGCAGGGGGAACCAGGAGAGGACUUCUUCAUUAUAACAGAGGGCACUGCGGCUGUCCUACAGCGCCGAUCGGAAAAUGAGGAGUACGUGGAAGUGGGUAGGCUGGGACCCUCUGACUACUUCGGCGAGAUCGCUCUACUCCUGGACAGGCCUCGUGCGGCUACCGUUGUUUCCCGCGGGCCCAUGAAGUGCGUGAAGCUGGACCGCGCCCGUUUCGAGCGCGUCCUGGGACCGUGCUCCGACAUCCUCAAGCGUAACAUCUCCCAAUACAACAGCUUCGUCUCGCUAUCGGUCUGAAGUCCCUCGUCCGCGUGCCAUAAACACGUUCGGAAAUAAAACCUCUAUCGUAUUACGGCUCGGAAAUAUAUCAACCCAGUCACAGGUCAUAUUUUCCCAGCACGUCAGUAGAGCGUGCUCCGCCUACACAAAACCAGAAUGUCUCGUUUACGGUCAUAUUUGCAUAUUUAAGGAUAUCCCAUCAAUAGUUUUCGCAUGUUGUGUCAGAAAACAUAUCGCCUGCAACGGGCAAAAUUCUGAUGCAACGUUGAUCAAACAUCCAACAAAAACUGCAAAAAUCCAGGUUUCGUAUAGCCGCAGUACGCUCUGCCAGCGUGCUUAUUUUCCCCUACUAGAUCAAGAAUUGUCCACAUAUAUGUUACACGUAAUAUAUAUCUGAAGUUUAUGUGCAAAAGGUUAUCCUGUCAUUUGUACACCAAGUUUUCCACUUCAUCGGAUCCUACGCUUACGUUUGACUACAUUUAGUUCAAAAGUUUUGUCACCUUCAUCGGGUAAAAACAGAAGGGAAAAAAUCUACUGAUCUGUGAUUUUACGUCCAACGUUCUUGAUAACUGUUUUUUGUUUUUGUAUCAGAAGCAGUUGUCACGAAACAAUAUGAUAAGCAAAUGUGCAAAAGUAUUACGUAGGUAUACAUGCCAAUAAUGCCUGUCCUUGUUUGGGUAAGGGGGCGAGUAGGAAAGAUGGUUAGGGAAAACGUUAUGAAAGCUGUAUAGAUUGGGGCCUGCUUAUUAUUUGAUUUGGUCUGGUGGUACUUGAAGUAAAAUGGUCAGGGCAGGGGAACUAGACUGUGUGUGUAUGCUAUCAGAUAGUGUUCUAUUUUUCAAAGAUAACGGACAGGCAAAACUGGCAGACAUUUCAGACGUACAAUAACAUCUAUGGUCAUUUAGACACCAAAUUGGAGUUAUAUAUAUUAGAAACACUAGAAAAUGACAAGCAUUGUGUUACUUUCUUAGUUCCUGUAUGGUUAUAUUUUGUGCUUUCCCUCAGUAAAGUUUUCACCCAAAUUCAGUGUUAGCGUAUGACUCCCCUAUUGUGAAGUGGAUUGACCCAAAAUCAGGCAACGGUCCAAGUAAACAAUGGCAGUGUUUAGACCAUUCCAUUCACGCACAGGGAUGGUUCAGCCAUUUAACCAGUUUUGGAUCAUACCAUUUCAUAAUAGGAGAGUGGACAAAAAGAGAUACUAUAUAGGUCAGAAAGGAAUUAUUAUUAUAAUAUUACUCUUUGUGUAUAAUGUUCUUAGUAUUGUGUUGUAUGACAGUAAGCUGUCUUUAUGGUGCAAGGUUUUGUUAUCAUGUAUAAUGUAUCUUGUACGUAGUGUAAAUGGCGCCCACAAUUUAUUUCAAUAUUAUCUAUAAAAGGUUUUUAAUUAUGUCUAUCAUUAUAUGGGUAUUACCAAAGGUAAAUGAAGAGUACAUGUACAUGUGCAAGUUUAAUUCAUGAGUGUGUGAUAGUGAAUUCAGUUGUGUCGUCGAAAGCUUUUAAGUGCGUACGUUGAUUCGAAAUGUGAUCCCUUGGUAAAUCGGUAGUUGAGCAGGCUCUGGGAUCUUUCUUUGAUCCGUCACUUGUGAUCCAAUCCCAGCGGUUGUUGUGAUCCAGCCUUGAUUGAGAAGGUAUACUGUGGUCCGACUCACAUGCAGAUCAAGCUUGCUGUGAUCUGACCAGUUAAAGUGCUGAUCUACCAGAUGUUUUGAGAAUAGAUGCAUUAACAUAAUAAGCUGGUUCACUGUUCGAACUGCGCAUGCAGUGUGAUGCAUUGUGGGUAAUAUGUCAAAAUUGAAUGCCCCUGGACUUAAUUAAACAAAAUAUGUCAUACUGUAUUAAGCAUGGUCCAGACAACAACUGUUUACAAGUUAGGGGCCUUUAUCUUUUGACCUCAUGCAUGCAUAGGUUAACAGUGUACCAUCUUACAUUGUAUAACGAAGAAAGGUGUUGUAUAAACUUAUGGCUCAAGGAUAAGGUUUUUCAUGAAACAUAAAUACUGCUCUAGACAUUGCCAAUCUUUGCCCAUAUAGGUAUGUCGCCUGAUAGUUACAAUCACAUGACAGCAUUCUUUUGGCAAGUAUAUGAACAUUGCCUACAAACUAUGGUACGUGUAUUUACAGAGAACGGUGUCUUAUACCGUUGAGAACGCAACGUCCCAAAUACAGUACGUGCAGAUACAGUUUGUAUCACCAAUCAUCUGUUCAAUUUGUAAAGCGAAUUGAUUUGAUGGCCCUACUUUCGGAGGACAAUGUUCUAUAAUUGUGAAAGAAUUUGAACAGAAUAACUGUUUUCCUGGUAAUGUAAACAUCUGGCAGAUUGGGUGGGAACUGCAAGUUUGGUAAAUCUGGUCACACGUCACUGAGUUUGGUACGUCAACAUUCCACGUUUCCAAGUGUCCUUUGUACGCUGUGGUCGGAGCGCAAAGUCGCAGGCCUCUGAUAGGUUGAAACAUCUCUUUGGCUCCUCGUUUUGUUGCUAGCUUCUUUAUCUGUGCUACGUUUUGUGACGUUCUGCAGAGACUCCAGUAUUCAGUACAAUUUUUAAGUAAACACACAUCACACAAAUUUAAAAGCACUUAUUUCUUUAAGUCGUUGCUAAACGUCUACAGGUAUGCUCGAAACAAAAGAGGCGUAGAUAUGAUGUGCCUAGAGUUUUAAUCGUUACGGAUACAAUUUACGAGUAAUUUCUGUUCAAGAACACAGAAGAAACGGUGUCAGAGAAAGGUUGUAAAGAAGAAAAAAAUGCGCUAUAUAGUGGCUGGAGGUUAGUAAAUGGUAGACAAAAUGUUCAUAUAUUCAUGUAUUUACAGUAUUGCCAGACCUCUACAUAAGCACACUACCACUUGAUAUGUGUCUGCCUCUUCCUGCAGAGCAAGAUAAAAAGGCUUAGUCCCCGAGGCUUUGCCAAAAAUAUACUCCAGUUCUCAGCUAUAGUGGCGAGUAGGUAGACAGUAGUUGAUUCCUACUGUUUGUUUUUUCUCAUGUAAGAGAGUCGAUCUUGACUGUAGGGUAUAUGAUCAUUGUACACAAUUCUAUGAUAUUACAAUAUAUUAAGUCUGUACAUGCACAUUAUUCUAUUAUUAUUGUCCCAAUAAAUGGUGUAUAUUCA